AUGCUAUCCGGCCUCUUCCCCCACUGGCGUCGCAAAGCGGCAGAACGCUCCAGCAAGUUCAGCAGCUCUUACGAGAUCCCAGUCUAUGCGAAUGCAGCUUAUUAUCCGAAUUGGAGGAUCUAUAAGAAACAACCUCCUUCGUCCCUGAGGUUGGGAUUCGUUUCGCAUGUCUUUUACGCAUUUGCUUGGGUUAAAGAAGAUGGCACAAUUUAUCUGAGCGAUGAAUGGGCAGAUGCGCAGAUGCCAAUCGACGGAACCAAUGGUUGCAUCCGUGCCUUCACGCAAUUAAAACCGCAAUAUUCCAAGAUGAAAGUCGUCCUCUCAGUUGGCGGUGGAGGAAAGGGAAGCGAUAACUUUGCGCUGGUGGCUCAGAGCCAAUCUCGUCUGGCCACCUUUGUCCGGACAGCGAGGGAGUUGGUAGAUCAGUUUGGUCUGGAUGGGAUUGAUAUCGACUGGGAACACCCCCAAAACCCACAAGAAGGUUACUACUACGUCAACAUGCUCGCUCGACUGCGCGAGGUCCUUCCCGCUCCACGAUAUGUGCUGGCCACAUGUCUUCCUGCCGGACAAUGGGCACUUCGCAACAUUGAUCUCGGCAAGGCUUCGCAAUACCUAGACCUGUUAAACAUCAUGGCAUACGACUUCUCCGGUCCAUGGACGGACGAAACCGGGCAUCAGGCACAGCUCUACGCACGGGGCGGUGGCCAUUCUGGUCAGUCAGCUGUUAAUUAUGUCCUAUCUCAGGGUGUGGAGCCUAAGAAACUUCUACUGGGGAUUCCAGCGUACGGACGGUCCUUCUUGGGCAGCAGCAAGGCCGGUCAGUCGUACGCUGGCACUGGUGGAGAAGACGGAGUGUUUGAUUAUGCUGAUUUGCCGCGUCCCGGAGCCAAGGAACAUCACGAUGAUAAAGCUGGGGCUGCAUAUUGCUCUGGAGGUGACGGUGGCUUUGUGACAUAUGAUACGCCGCGAACGGUGCAGCAGAAAGCCAAAUUUGCGACGAAGAUGAAGUUGGGAGGUUUGUUUUACUGGCAUAUGGCAGCGGAUGCGCGGGGGCCAAGGAGUUUGCUUGAAACAGGGUACAAUACGUUGCAUGAGAUGUAA